AAUGUUACUAUAACUCUGCCGAUUUAUACAAAAUAUGAGCAAUACUACAUAACAUCAUUGUGUAUUAUUUAUUUGAUAAGUUGUUUUUACUGCUGUGUACCAGAAAUAGUAUUAUUUAUUAUUGUGUGUCUCUCUAUUAGUUUAACAUUUGCUGUUUUUUUUUGUUUUUUUUACUUUACAUUUGGUGUGUUGUAGUCUUUUUUGCACCUCCCCUGUCAGACUGUGGUGUAGGUCACAGGCUGUGUGGAUGCCCUGAUCGUCCUCUGUACCUUUAAGGGAACCACGUACCUUUUUCAUCCAGCAGAUUCUGCGUGAUAUGAACUAUCAUCAAUUCACUGGGACCUUUAUUCCCACAGUGGAGCAGAUGAGGAGGGGACUGAUGCUGGAGCGAGCAGUCUUUGCCGCCUCUGCAGUGUGUUUGAUUAGUUUGUGAGAACAAAAGCUUAUUUAUUCACAUGGAAUCAAGUUUUUCUCUGCUGUAAUUCAUACUCUGUGUAAUCUUUCCUUUUUAAUUAGCUAUAGUUUAGACAUGAGUGUUUUUGCAGUCCAUGUGUUUUUGGGAAUUCUUCUUUGUGCACCAUACCAGUGCUUGGACUGUCCUUCUGGCUGCGAGUGUUUUGCCGUCACUCGCACGGUGAAAUGUGUUUCCAAGGAUCUGCUCACGGUGCCGCAAAGUGUUCCAGGAUAUGCAAGGACUGUCGUCAUCACAGGGAAUAAUAUUCACCAGAUUGCACCUAAUUCAUUUGCAGAGAUGGAGAAUGUCACCAACAUCAUUUUAAGCAAUAAUAGGAUUACAGAGAUGACAUCCCACAGCUUCUCUGCCCUCAUCAACCUGCGCUUCCUGGACCUCAGCGGGAACCAGCUGGCGCUCAUCCAUCCGGAGGCUCUCAGCAUACCCGGCAGUCCCCUUCAGGAGCUCAACCUGAGCCGCUCGCUGUACAACUUCACCGCCCUGACGGACCUCACCACGGCUCUGCGCUGGGGCGGCCUCAGGGGUCUCCUCCGCCUCGACCUUUCUGGGAACCACCUCGCUCUGCUUCCCCCCGGGAUGUUCUCACACCUUCCCAAUCUGCAGCAGCUCUUCCUCACUAACAACUCUCUGGUAGCUGUCUACAGUGGGACCUUCUCUGGCAUGAACCAUCUGGAGGUGCUGGACCUGACACGGAAUGCCUUCAAGACAUUCAGUGCCGAGGCUCUACAAGAGCUGGACAGGCUCGGGAACGUCCGCAUCCUUCUCGGUGACAACCCAUACACUUGCUCUUGUGAAAUCCACAAUUUUGUCAUCUGGCUGAAUGAAUCAAGGGCUCAGCUAGAUGUGGAUGCCGUGAGAUGCACCUCACCGAGAGCACUGAGCGACACCCGGCUGCGAGGGCUCAGCGUCCAGGCUAUUGGGUGCGUCGUUCCAGUCCAAGCGGAGGUGGCUGACCUCACCCUGCAGACAUCCUAUGUUUUCCUGGGGCUGGUGCUUGGGUUCGUGGGAAUGGUCUUCCUCUUUGUGCUCUACCUGAAUCGCAAAGGCAUGAAGAAGUGGAUCAAUGAAAUGAGAGAUGCGUGUAGAGAUGUUCUGGAAGGGUACCACUACCGAUAUGAGAUCGACUCGGACCCCCGCCUGGGACACAUCUCAGCAGAUAACGGUGGUGGCAGCAGCAGCAGAAGGGCGCAAGGGCAUUUAAGAUUAUCGCUGUCACAGCAGCUGCCAAAUGACACCUGCAUUGUCCAGGUUCCCUCAGACGCAAAGGUCAAACAAGUGACAGCCACACCACCUUUGAACUUAUGAUCUCUUACUGAAACUAAAAUAAUUUGACAAAAUAUGAGCUAGAUGUAGAUAUGAAUAGUUUAGGCCAGAAAAUGUAUAAAUUAAUUUAGCAUUUUUGAGCUUCCUGUACAUACUGCAGUUAUAAAUCUCACCCUAAAAGUGCCUUUGUGUUUUUGAGGCAUAGAGGCAUUGUAUAUGUAAAGUGACAUUAUUACUGUAUGUUUGUAAAUUUUAUAAGAAUAUAAUAUAUAGGCUAGAGUGAUAUCAUACUAGACUGCAAACAGUUACUGUUUUUCUUUUUUUUGGUAUCUCAUAUUUAUAUAUCUUGAUAUACUGCAGAUGACUGCCAGAUAGAUACAAGACAUAGGUGGUAGCUCAGUGGCAUGUUGACCUAAGAAACUGUAAUCCAUAGACACCCAGUAAAUUGUAGACAUUUAUUAGAUUUUCUAUGGUUCAACUAUAAAAACAUGAAUCCUUUUUAGCCAGCUAUGUGUCGUCAUUUUGAGUGGUAUUCAUAAUGUGAACUGUAUCAGAAUAAUCAAAGGAGUAAAUAUUAAAGCCCCUGUAUGAUAUGAA